GCCACUUCCGCCUUUGGUCACAUGACUGGCCGCUCUGCUUCUCCGUCAGCCAAUCAGCGGCCAGCUUUCCGCGUGACCUUCGUCCCGGCGGUGUCCCGUCAAGAUGGCGCUGUCCAUGGCCGGCUGCCGCGGGUUGCUCUGGCGCCUCGGGCCCGGCCCCGCCGCAGGCCUCAGCCGCUCCCGGCGGGAGCUGAGGCUCCCGGGGCGCUGCCUCUCCACAAAGGCCGGCUCCAGGUCCGUCCUGGCCGCCCUGGUCUCCACGGCGAAGCGCAUCAACAGGAGGUACGAGAGGUUCCUGGAGCGCACGUUCCCCCGGUUCUAUGUGCUCCACUCCACGUUCACCAGAGGGAUCCAAGCGCUCUUCUUGGAAGUGAAAGAGAUCCGAGACAUCCGCUCCCGAAUGGCCCGACAGAGGCUGAGCGUGCAGCAGCUGCCGUACCGGGACAUGGAGCGCCUGCGGCAGUUCCGGAGGGACCUGAUCAAGGCCGUUCCCAUUGGAAUCAUCGCCAUCCCGCCCUUCGCCAACUUCUUGGUCAUCAUCCUCAUGUAUUUCUUCCCACGGCAGCUCCUGAUCCGUCACUUCUGGACCCCCCAGCAGCAGGUUGAGUUCCUGGCCACCUACGACGCCAUCCGCAGGGAUUCCUACCCGGCUGUGCUGGAGAGCUUGGCACGGGCAGCGCGAUCCCUGCCUGAGCCGCAGCUCCAAUCCCGCCUGCAGCAGCUCUGCUCCGAGGUGCAGCGUGGCUCCCAGCCCCGCGUGGCCGAGCUCUGCGCACUGAGAGGGGCGUUCUCGGGCCCUGGGCUGGCUCUGAACCAGCUCCAGCUCUGCCAUGUGAAAGCCCUGAGCCGGGUCCUGUUCCUCACCCCACACUUGCCGGCCCCCAUCCUGCGGCAUCGCCUGCGGAGCCACGUGCUGGAGAUCCGGCAGCUGGACCGGGCCCUGCAGCGCCUGAGCCUGGGGCAGCUCCGUGAGGAGGAGCUCAGAGCGGCCUGUUACCUCCGGGGCCUGCACUCCGCUCCGCUGGACGCGGCCUCGUGCAGAGCGUGGCUGGAGCAGUGGCUGGGGCUCUCCUGCAGGCUGGAAGCCUCCGAAGCCUCGCUCCUGGCCCACAGCAUGGUCCUGCUGUCCCUCAACUACGUCAGGCCCAAGGAGUGAAGGGGGAGCCCGCGUCCUCCCAGCCCUGCCGCUUCCCAGCCUGGUGCUGCCCAAAACCCACCCUGGGGGUUGAACCCCCCCUGCCCCGAGCUGCUGCCAUGGGGUAAGGACACGGCUCCCCCCUCCUGUCCUGGCUCUGCUCUUCCCCUUCGUGCUGUGGGGCUCAGCCCCAGCCUGGGACCCUUCAAGCCCAGGAGGGGAGAAGCUGCCCACGGGCCUGCCCUUGGGGUCUGCCAGCAGCGGGUUCUGCUCAGCCUCGUGCGGAGGCUCCUGCUCGAGCUCCUUCCCUGCUCCGAGAACUCUGGGAUACAGAAAGGUCCCCGAGGGAUGGAGCAGAGACCAAGCCCCUGCGUCCCGGGAGCAGCGGCGAAAGGGGCUCCUGUGCUUUGUGCUGCUGCCUCCUGCGCAGAGGCGGCUUUGGGGACUCUGAGGCAGCUCCCCGCUGCCUUCUGGGGUUCAAGGCCCCCUCCCUGCAUGAGAACCCCCCAACACCCCCCUGUGAGUGACCCCAACCCAGUGCCCAAGUGCUUGAUUAAAGCCCUACUCAAGCCGG